GCUGGGGAGGGGGCCCCACGUGCUGGAACAGCUGGCGCUGGGGAGGGGGCCCCACGUGCGGGAACCGCUGCUUCUACUUUUUCGUCCCCGUGCGCAUCCUGGCCUCCGUCACAGCUGAGAGGGUGUCAGCUCGAGGCUCAUCAGUGGGAUUUGCACCUCUCUGUCAGGGGGGAGACUUGCUCCGUGGGGGUCGUGAUGUCAGCGUUUGCUGCCCACGCAGGGCCCCUCCCGACUCGGCUGCGGUGGGCCCUCCGCGUAGAGGCGCGGAGCUGAGGCUCGGAGAUGCAGCGGAGCGCCAGGAACCCGGUCUCGCAGCAGCAGCAGCAGCUGCCUCGCCAGCCAGAUGCUUCCCGGAAUCUUAACGUUCUGAACUGCCCUAAACUGGGUUAACGUUGAAGCCAAGGAGGUACCAGCGGAAGUGGGACGAGCUGGCCGCGCAGGACAAGCUGCUGCGCCAGGAGCUGGAGCAGCUGGCCAACAGCAAGAAGGAGAUCGUGGCCUUCCUCAAGCGCACGCUCGGCCAGCGCAUGGACGAGAUCGCGGACCUGAACGAGCAGCUGCAGAGCCUGCAGCUGGCCAAGGAGCUGGAGAAAGACGCCUUUGAGGCGCAGCUGGCCCAGGUGCGGCACGAGUUCCAGGAGACCAAGGACCAGCUCACGUCGGAGAACAUCGCCCUCGGGGGCAAGCUGGCAGCCCUGGAGGAGUUCCGGCUGCAGAAGGAGGAGCUCACGGAGAGGUUCACGCUGCUGGAGGACCAGCUGCAGCGGCAGGAGACCGAGUACAGGGACUACAUGUACAGACUGGAGAAGAAGUCGGUGCUGGACAAGGACAGACUGCAGAAGGAGAUCAUCCAGCGCGUGAACCUGGUGGCCAGCGAGUUCCGCAAGACAGCCAGCAAGCAGAUGUGGGAGACCACCAAGCGGGCCAUCCUGGAGAACAACAGCGUGACCUUGCAGCUGGCCAGGGUGUCCCGGCAGGGCCUGCAGCUCCAGCGCGAGAACGACCAGCUCCACGGCAGCCGGGCCGAGCUGUGCCAGCAGCUGCAGCUGCUGCAGGGCAGCCAGGAGAUCAUGGCCAGGCACAGCCGGGGCCACCAGAAGAUCAUCCUCAUGCUGACUGACAAGUGCCGCAGACAGCAGGGCGACGCGGCGGAGGCCGGGCGGCUGCGGCUCCUGCUGAACCAGCUGGAGCAGGACUUCGUGCAGCUGCAGACGGACGACCAGGCACUGAGGGCCCAGAAGGAGCAGCUGGACCUGCAGCUGGAGCGGCAGAAGGGGGAGGUGCGGCGGCUACAGCAGGAGCUGACCGAGGAGCAGGAGCUGCGGGCCAGGCUGGAGAUGACCCUGGCCCGGGCCACUGCCUUCCUGCGGGACAUUCUGCAGAUGCGAGCAGAGGGGGACGACGGCGACUUUGACGUGGUGUUCCAGCUGCAGCGCAAGGAGAUGCUGCGCCAGUUGCUGGCCCUGCUCAGCGCCGCCGCCGUCCGCACGGCCCAGGUGCCUGCCUGCCGCCGCCAGGAGGCCCAGCCCCUCGGCGCGCAGCCGGGGAGCCGGCCUGGCACCCAGGCACCCAGGGCACGCGCCCUGCUGCAGCAGCUGUCCGGCAUCACGGCCUACCAGCCGGGGGACCUGGGUCUGGUUCCUCGCCGGUUCCACGUCCCCCCCAACCCUCAGGACCUCAGGCUGCUCUCCUACGUCACCCGCGUGGGCAAAGUCCGUGCGCACAGCAGCCCCGAGAUCCACACUGCCAGUAUCCUAAAAAGGCUCAAGAAGUUUAGCCUCCCCGAAGUUUUCCUGCACCCCAAGUAGGCUGCCGAGAGGACCGCCGUCGGGCCUGGGACGCCACCUCGGGCCCCGUUCGUCUCUGGGAAAGUUGUAUAAAAGCGGCAGCACAGCA